GGCCUAGCAGCUCGAUAGCGGUUGCGUAACCUUGAAAGUAAAUAUUUUAGGGGCUUCGUUAAAGCCGGCUUGAAAGUUGUUCUUUCACCUUUGGCGUUGCCACCUAGCAGUCGAACGCGCUCUCCAAUCCACAGGUAACAAAAUAAGCCAAAAUGCCACUCAAGUUGUACUCGGUGUCCGACAGUCCUCCCAGCAUGGCCGUCAAGAUGGCCUUGGUGACCCUCAACGUGCCCCAUGAGGUCGUUAACGUCGACUUCAUGAAGGGAGAACACCGCACCGACGAAUACGCAAAGAAAAAUCCCCAAAAGGAGGUUCCGGUGCUUGACGAUGACGGAUUUUAUCUCAGUGAAAGUGUGGCGAUGAUGCAGUACAUUUGCGACAAGUACGCGCCUGACAACCAACUGUACCCAAAGGACCCGCAGAAACGAGCUUUGGUUAACCACAGGCUUGUCUUCAACAUCUCCACGCUCUACAAAUUUGUCAUCGAAUACACGUUUGGUCCCGUGUUUGUUGGAUAUCCGCGAACCGAGGAGCACAAGAAGAAGGCGGAAAAUGCUCUGUCUGUCUUUGAAACGUACCAAAAGCGCCAAAGCACCAAAUAUGCUGCAGGAGAUAAUUUGACCAUCGCCGAUUUGAGUCUGGUCACCGGCAUUUUCUGCCUGGAGGCGAUUGACUUUGACCUUUCGCCCUAUCCCACGGUCGCUGCGUGGUACGCCAACUUCAAGUCCGAGCAACCUGAACUGUGGGCAAUCUCGAAGGUGGCGAUGGACGAGCUGCACCACUUUUAUCUCAACCCGCCCAACUUGUCCGCUGCUUAAGUAAAUAACGCCGCAAUGCUGACGGAUUUACAUGCAUACAAUGAGCGAAGCGCGCGAGCUAUUUUCGGAUGUGCAUGAACUUCUCGGAGGAAGAACUGUUUUAGAAUGUCAUUUUUCGGGGUGCUCCAAUGAACUUGAAAAGAAAAUAUUCAACUAAAUUAACAAGAAAAUGUCCAUUAUGGAUAUAUAAAAGCUCAGUAUUUUUAAAUAAAAUUUUGUAUUAUUGAAGCCAA